UAUAUGCAAAGUGAUGUUGACUGUGUGAUAAUAAUUAAUAAACGUGCAACACCUGCAAAUAGAACUCUGGAAACAAAAUAUGGUAAAACCAAACCAACCAAAACAUAAACACUGGAUACAAAUAUUUUUAACAUUCGUAUAACCAGUUUGGUUUGUUGGCUUGUUCACACUGGUCUUACGUCACAGUUUCAAUGGAAUAAUCAAGACACUUUUAUGGUAUGUUUUUUUCAAUUCGCCCAAGAACAGGUUUUAUAAUGCGUCAUUCUGAAGAUGUCAGCCUCAGUCCCGGUGUUGUACUGUUGCUUCAGUUCUGUAAAAGUCGCUUAAACGUAAAGGUUGAAAUGUUUUGGCGCUACUUGGUUUGGUGCUGCCUAUUUGUGUCUUAUGUAGAGUGCAAUGGAAGAAAGCGGCUGAUGUGUUACUUCUCAAGCGAUUCACACAAAACGAAGGGCUAUGGAAGAUAUACAGCGAACGAGAUUCCAGUGGAACUUUGCAGUGAUGUCAUCUAUCGUGGUAUUACGUUCCCCGAGUGGAGACGUGGAUCAUAUUAUUUUAACAAUGAAGAAAUACAACGACUGGGUGCCUACAUAUACACCAUCAACGCUAGAUCGUCGUCUGUGCGCAAUCACAUUUCGAUAGUGGAACGAGGCAAAGAAGCACUCUCGUACUCGAUCAUGGCCGAAAUACCUGAGCGGCGUCGUGCAUACGUAAAGGCCGUGCUGGAGCUGUUGGAACAGUAUGGAUUAGAUGGGGUGGAAAUCGCAUGGGAGUGGCCGGGAACUCAGGUCAAAUUUGGAGGUAUCUCCAACGAUCGUGAGUCAGUGAUUUCGUUGCUGACGGAUGUUCGAGCAGGACUCAAAAGUCGAAAUAAGGAACUUCUGUUCUUUGGGGCCGUCUAUCCGAAGGUACUUAGGGAAUCGUAUCGAGUUACCAGCAUCUGCCAGUUGGUUGACUUUGUAACCCUGUUCACGUUUGAUAUGCGUCCACACACAAAUAACGUGGCUGAUGUACAUGCUCCAAUGCGUAACAGAUCCUUUGAGACGGAGUCGAAUCGUGCAAGGACGAAUAUAGUCGAUGGUGUAGAAACAUGGAUCGAUUUUGGAUGUCCUCCGAAAAAGUUAAUCUUAGGUUUAGGAUUGUUUGGACAAGCGUACACACUAGCGAAUCCAGCGGAAUACAAUGUGGGUGCUCCGACUGUUGGCCCAGGGGCAGAAGGACAAUACUAUUACGAAGGCUACUAUCCAUAUUAUGAGCUUUGCCUUUUCAUAGGCAGCGGAUGGAACAUAUUUUAUGAUCCAAUCGCUGAGAUGCCUUUCGCCGUCCGUGGCAACCAAUGGAUGAGCUAUGAAGAUACUGAAUCCAUUGGAGUGAAGUUGGAUUUCGUGGAAGAAAAGCGGCUUGGAGGUGUGGUACUACAGUACGUCGAUUAUGAUGAUUUUUGGGGAUUCUGUGGCACGCAAAAUCCGCUCACCACCUACAUCUAUCAGCGAUUGAGUCAAAUCCCUUCCGAAAUAGGAUUUGCUAUUGAAUGGAAAUAGUAGUAAAAAGUUGCAGACAAACAAGAACAAAAUAUGACUUAUUUGGUAACGUAGGGAAGACACCAACAUGUAACAAAACUCCUUAGUUUCGAAUAAAAAAGUGUAAAUCGAAGUUACAACAUGGUGUAACGUUGUUUCUCAAUUUGUGAACUCUUUUUAUUCUCUCUACCUUUACUCAUCCCUCUAAGAAUGACCUAAAAUAUCGCAGCUAGUAGAAACUUUAUUACACACGAAAAAAAGAUAAUUUGCGAUAUUUGUGUAGAUUAUAGACUGAACAACAUGACACAUAAUUCAUGUUUAUUUCCAGAUGAUACAUUCAAUCCCCAAACAUUCAGUUAACCCAAGAAAAGCAACGAAUAUUUAGCACUGUCAUAAAACUGGGAUUAUUUUUUGCAUCGCUUUAUUCACAUGCUCAAAGUCGAUCACCACCAACCAAAACCAUUUGCUUCGUUUGCUCAAUCAUGCUUUUCUCCCCCGUAAAGCUUAUUCCUUGUACAAAUAUGAAAAUCUCAUCACAUAUGUGUCCGUCGUCAUGUUGGUAAGCUAAAAUUUUAUGAAUGAACUAACGAUGUCAACUGCUAAGCCGUACUCGAAAUGUGGCCCACGACGAGGACAAACUAAUCGUUUGUGUGUCCAGUUGACCGAUGCUUCAGAAGCACCCUGAGGAGUUUAUGAUCGGGGAUGAAUCUUUCACAAAGCUUUUUAUAGCUAUUUUUUAAAGGUGUGCCUCGGCCAACCCACUCGUUACGCCGCGGGAGACCAACGCCC